AUGGAGGAGGAGAUAAAAUCCGAGUUCCUGAGGAGCGGCUUCUCCCUCUCCGAUGAAGGCCAGGUCCUUCAGCAAUGUACCGUCAUCUUCCUUCGUCUCCUUUCGCCCUUUAUUUCCGCGGGAAAAUUGACGGGGAAAGUUUGGGCGUCGAUGUCAACCUUAUUUUCGUCUUCCUGGCUUAUACGUCCAGGUCUGGCGUUCUGCAUCAACCACAGCCUUAGCCCGUCAGAUCUCGUUUCUCACUGGGAGGUCUACUAUCUUAACAGGUAAGCUCGAAGCCAUCGCUUCCAAGGAGCCUAUGUUGUUUCAAGUGAAGUGUACCAUCUUCCUCCAUUUUUGUAUCCUCUCUAGACGCCUUACGUAUACUUUAUCGUUUAAACGAUCUCAUUUGACAGAUAAGUAGGCUCUACUGUAGGUGCUUUUACAUGGAUUACCAGAUGAAUCUUGUGGCAUUAGGGAUAUGCAGCCUAGCACAUGCGACUCUCUUCAUAUGAAACUUAACUGCAGUUGUACAAAAUAUUCUAGAUCUUCUGGCCACCAGACACGAGAUAUUCUGCAAAAUUGUUUUCAGGCGCCUACAAGUGCAACUGGUCGUUACGUUGAUCCCGUAGAUGAUGUGAUGUUUGGUUUUUGUUGGGUAGAUCAACGAAUGGGAUUCAAGCAAGCUAUGUUACUCCUAGAUAAGAUGCGAUCUUUGAUUUGUGCUGGGUCGAUUAACCCUCGAGGUUCAAAUUGGGUCUGCUAAUCCUGGAUAUGUGCUUUGAUUUAUGUUGGUCUUGAAUAUGGGAUUCAUGUUCAUAUGAUGUGAAUCUUGAAGGAAAAUUACUUCGAGUGUCAGUACGACCUUGCCAAAUUGCAGAAUUACUUGUAGUUCUUUUUACCAUCUACUCUUGUACAUCAUGGCCUUGGUUGACUACUGAGAUGGUUAUUUUGACAGUUUUUCGCUGGAUCUUUUUUAAUUUUUAUUUCUUUUCCCAUGCAUUCCAUGGAAAAAGGACCCACUGGGUAAGUGAUUUGACAAUGGAACAUGCCAUUGGGUAAGUGAUUUAAACUUCAAGAAAACAAAACCGAUAUAAUAUAUUACCCUAUAGCACUUCAAUAAUUUUGGAUGUUUUAGGCCCUUUAUUUAUCAUUUCAAGAAAGAAAACUGUUGGAGUUGAGGGUUCUGAUGGAUUUUUUUCUUGAUUAAGAUUAAAAAAUGGGAUUAAAUUUAUGUUUAAGUAAAGUUGACUGCGAGCUAAAACGUUUUCCUAAUGUCCAAAUUUUAUGCUAGUUAUCAUUGGUCGAGUGAAUGGACCUUCAGAGAAUCUGAAUGGGAAAUUAGGAUGUCCCAUUCAAAUUUUCUAUUAGAACCAUCCGGUUUGAAUCUGAAUGGGACAUCCUCUUUUACAUUCAGUUUCACAAGUGUAGAUAUUUUCGUUGUAAAUAAUAGAUACCUCCGGAAACUUUAUCCUGGAAAACAGUUGACUGACAUUCUGAGCGCAGGAAUUGCAAGAGGGUUUCAACUUUCCAUGAAGGAAAGAUAGGAUUAAUAAAGAAUCUCAUGGCUCCAUGUUGGAAGCUUGAAUAUGAUUUUAAACCAAGUCAAUCAACCAGUGUACAGCCAGUGUGCUUUGAGUUUUGUGACAUUUGAAUUAGGAACACAAAAUUCCAUCAAGUUUUCAUGAUUUACUGAGUAUUAUGUAAAACUUAUUGAAUCACGCUUAUGUAUCAGCAAAAUUUACCUUGGGGGAUAUCUGCUAGUGCAAUGAAGGUGGUAGAAAAGUUAAUCAAUAGAUAAUGGAAGAUGAAAGAGAGAAUAAGAGAGAGAGUAAGGAAGGACAGGGAGAAGAAGAGGAGAACAAGUGGAGACAUUCAAGGGUGGAGGAGGAUAAAUAAGAGAAUGAAUUAACAUUAAGCAGAAAGAAGCAUGGUCCAACGUUUUUCUGAUUUAUGCUUCAUGACAGUGUUAUUUUUUUUCAAUUCGCAAUCCACUUGAUCCCAUUAACAUGGUCGUGAUCAGGAUGAAAAAUCUAACCAGCGGGUCCAAUGUUCAAUACUGACCGAACAAACAAUAGCUGCACAUCCAGAUAUUCUUUUUACAGCUAAUUGCUGAUGACUAGCACUUUCCUAAAUUAUUCUUGCAAUCGUCCUGACAAUUUUAUUAAUCCGAUGUCAGUUAAUUUGACCAGACUCAAAAAUCAGCUGAUUGCAAGUUUAUUUAUCCUUGUAUUUAUAUGGAGUGUGUAUCUGUUGUUGAUAUCAUGUGUACCAUAUUUUUUCAGUGAUGACUUUUCAAAGAAGCGCUCACCAACUUGUGAAGAUGCCACAUAAGCUAUAAUGAAAUUUUCCUCUUCAUUCUUGUGCUGAAUCUUAUACUUAUCAUACGUACUCUGUAACAUGUAUGAUUUAUUUGUGUAGUCGUGCUCUUAUUUCAGGCAGCUAAGUGGGUUUAAGGUCGAUUAUGCUCACAUGAAUGGUUUUCAAUCGCAUAUUCAGACUGAACAGAAGGAAAACAUGAUCAGGGAGGAGUCCAGACUGCACAUUUACUCCAGUAAUGAUGUUGACAUGUAUGUUUUUAAAUGCAUAACAUUUUAUCGUUUCCGUCUGUUCUCUCCAGAUUUACAAGAUGGAUAAAAUUGAAUCCAUGUGUGCAGCUUUAACAUCGAUAAUAACGAGUUCGAAUUCCAAAACGUGUUAUUCUGUAACAGGCUUGUCAAUGAUGAAGAUAUUGAUGCCAAAGAGAGUUUUUCUAACACUCCAGUCUGUCCCUCUGAAGGACCAUAUAUAGAAUCAGACAAUAUUAUGGCAGUAUCUGGAACGAAUAAGAGGUCUUCAGUCAAGGGAUCUAGUGUCAACAGUAACCGCUUGACUCCUUUUGGGCAGAGGACUAAAAAAUUUGUUGUACAGUUGACCUUUAAUCCUCAGGAUAUGGAGAACGGAAAAAGGGAAGAUUUUGAAAUACAGGACGACAAUUUCAUUAGGAGGGUUAAACCUGGUGAGAGGUGUUCUCUACAAAUUUAUUGCUCACGGCCUACAUCAGGAUGUAGGUUCAUGUAUGAUAAGAUUGAAGAGAAGGUAUUAACGGUCUGGGCGUUUUUCCUCUUCUAGAAAGUGCAUAAGGUAAUUGAGCUCUUGGAUUUUGUAGUUUGUCUCACUUGAGAACCGCAUCAGGAAGCACAUAUCUGCAUUUGCUGCAUCUGGACUUCAUGGUGAACCUACAGAUGCCAGUUUGGCUUCACAGGUGAUUAUUUAUUUCAUGUAAAUGGUUAUUUUUCUCGUCCAUGGGUCAUUUAUCUUCUGUGAGAUGAGCUAAUCAUCUGUUGCUUCAACCUUAGUCUAGAGACAGUGUUAUUUCUGUUUCAAUCAUCAGACUUCGGCAGUGGACAUACCGUUAGCUAUUCCAUCAACCAAUUUAUUAACUCUUAAAUUCCUUUCGUUUUAUGGUUUCUUUACAGUGUGAUUUCUGUUUCGAUGAUCAGACUUCGGCAGUGGACAUACCGUUAGCCAUUUCGUCAACCAAUUUAGGAAUAUGAUAUAGAAGGUCCACAGAUCUCAACAUAGUAUUUAUUAUUAUGUGGGCUUUUAGGAUAGUUCUAUAUCUGAGUCAAGAAUGGUUCUUCGUCCUUCAUUCGUCGAGAAUAAGAAUAUGAUCCUUCUCGAGUUUGAAUUUAUUCGUUUGGCAUCUGGGUCUUAUAUUAAUUUUUUUUUCUUUUUUCUUAAUCCCAUUUCGAUCUUUUGUUGGAUAUAAUGAAACAUUGGAGUUUGAACAAGGUUCCAACCAAUUGUCUUUUCUAAAAAAUGCUUUAAUGACUUUGCAUAACAGAAAAGCAUAUUUGCUGUUGGUAUGGUUUGCUGUGAUGGAGAAGGUCGGCUGAACAAGAAUUCUGCGUUGUUGCAGGGCUGGUAUAGAAAAUCCUUUUUUUUUUACUGUUUAGUAUAUGGCGGUCAUACAGAUUCUCUUUGUUCAUUUUACUUAAAACUAAUUAUUCUUAUUAUAGUUUGGAGCACUCUGGCGGGCAGCGUGUCCGUCUUGAUCUCCACAACUUGGUCAACUUUUCCUUAUUCCCGGGACAGGUAAUUUAUUGCUUACGCAGUAAUUAAUUUAACCAAACAACGCUAGCAACCACCAGAAAGAGGAUUCAUUGCGUCAACUGUUUGAAUAUGAAUUCAUGGACAUUGUUUCUUUUUUCCAGGUUAUUGGCGUUGAAGGGCAUAAUCCCAGUGGUCACUGUUUAAUUGUAUCCAAAGUGAUUGAUUUUCUGCCAAUUUUUGUCCCGCCCAUCACGCCUUCAGCGAAGAAACAAGUCAUGGAUAAGGAAUAUCUUCCUGGAUCUAUUAUUGAAAAAACAAAACUUCUAUCCUUGGUAUGCGGACAUCCUGCAUUCUUCUGACUGAUGGAUUGAUCGCCAUCUUUAUAAUUGCAGUGUUUUGUAAACUAUAAAGAGGCCAGUAUAUUGCCCGUUUUUGUUUAUAAUGAAAUGUACUUCGAAGCUAGGUAUUUUUUUGGAGCCUUUUUAUAUGCAGGUUUUUUAUUCCUUUGAUUUACCAUCUCCUGGCUUGUGCCGCGCACUAUAUUGUCAAUUCUCCACGGAAUCUGCUUAGCCCUAGUAGAAAUGGAGAGUUAGGACUCUCGGAAUUAGACUUAUGACUGAUGGAUUGAAUUUCGGAAAAAUGUGAUCUAUUAGUUUCUUGCGAAUAUGUGCAGAUUAUUGCGGCAGGUCCUUUUACAACCAGUGAUAACUUACUGUUUGAGCCCUUGGCAGACUUACUUGCAUAUGCAAGUAGGAAACCACCACAAUUGCUUAUCUUGGUAAGAAGCUGUGCCAGCUUGGUGGAAUUAUCAACUUUAUAACCUCGAGGACUAAAUCUCCAAUUGUAUUUUCAACUUCCGAUAGAUGGGGCCUUUCAUUGAUUCUGAGCAUCCCGAAGUUAAAAAAGGAGCUCCUAGUAAGAGCUUUGAUGACAUCUUUAACGUGGAAAUUAUUACAAGGGUUUGUAGUUUCACAAUGAGUUGCUUGCUUCGAACUUCAGUUUAUUUCUAUCUUUACGGCUUCUACAUUCUGAAACAGGACUGUGUCCUAUGCUUCCCGUGUUUUUCUGGUUUCAUUAAUGCAGCUGCAAGAUUACGUUGGAUUCUUGGGUUCAGCUGUGCGUGUAGUCCUUUUGCCAGCCACACGUGAUGCUAAUCAUGACUAUGUUUAUCCUCAGGUUAUUUCCUUGUAGACUCUUUUCUAUCAUUUUCCUUUAUUAGUGAAGUUCUGUGUCAGGAUCACUUCCUUUGUGACAUUGCCGUUGUCCUCUGAAUUAUUCAGCCUGCUUUUGAGAUUUUUCCACAUGAAGAAAUCAAGAAUCAGGUCCAAUGUUUUUCUUCAAUUUGAAUAAUGUCUCAGGGAAAAACCCUGACUUUAGUGUUGCGCUAAUGGUUCUCAUAGUCUUUGACCUAUUUUUUAUUUGCCAGAUAGUCUGUCUUGCAAAUCCAAGCAUGUUUGGUGCAAAUGAGGUAACAGAUCAACAUUUCUCUUUGUUUCCCUUACUCAAAUGAGCGCGAAUUAAUGAACGAUAAUAGGUUCGUUGAACUAAUGUAUAUAAUGCGUGGUUCUGAUCUUCGUAGUAGUGUUACCAGCCAACUCCAUGAGGCUGGGUGAUUCUCAUUGAGGAGCAACUCCCUCACCAUUAUAUGCAGUUUGCGGCUGAGUGAUUUAACUAUUAUUGCCGAUUUAACUCUGCGCCAUCCGGGUGCUUCUUGUCUGAGCUUUACUUGAUUUUCUGCGUCUUCUUUUCAAUUCCAGUGUCUUAUGAGAAAUGUGUCUCCAUAUCAUCGCUAGGUAAAAGAAUAAAUCCUCAUUGGGGAAUUCGUUUUCUUCAAUUGGGUUCAUGGCUUGAAAUCGUAGUGGUGCUUCAUUUUUUUUUGUUCUUUCCAGGCGUAAAUCUGUGGCCAGUGUGGGCUCACUUUCCAACCUUGUAUCAGGUAACUGUUGGCUGCAAUACUGUGGAUAUCCUCAAACAGCUCAGUAGUGAGGAGAUUUCAGUAAUGUCACCUGAUGUUUCGUCUGGAGAUCGGUUGGGGCGACUUGCUGGUCACGUCUUGAGCCAGCGGAGGUAAGGUUUUUUGGUGACUCGCUUCGUGAUGAAGAGAAGCGAGUGCCAUGAACGCUAACACUCGACACUAACGGGACUUGACUGCCUGGGUUUGGACAGCUUUUAUCCUCUGUACCCGCCCUCAGUCGACGUCCCCUUGGAUCUAUCUCUGGCUCCCGAAGCUUUGGAGAUAUCUCUGACCCCGGAUAUUCUACUGAUGCCCUCGGAUCUCACUCCUUUCGUCAAGGUAAAUGUGAAUUCUACUGGCCAGUCCUCGGCACAAUGGCUUGAUCUGCCUCCGUUAAAAGCUUUUUCUUUUUAUGACCUUCAUUCACAAGCCGGCUGACCGUGGCGUGGAGUCGUGAUGUGUCCUAGUUUCUCGGCUCGCACGAGGUUUACCUGUUUUUCGAGAAGUCUUGCUUCUGGGACUCAACAGUGCAAGGCGAUGCUGUUUCGAUCGCGGCUGCCUCCGAGAUUGAGAGGAUGUUGGGGACAGCGAGUGGUUUAAAUGCCGUUGGGUCUCGCUGCCCAAGUUUAAAGCUUCACCUGGGACUCACCGCUUUCUUUGUUGGCAAUCCACAGGUGCUCUCCCUCGCGGAAAGGAGCGAAACCGGUGAGCCUGCGAGGUGCGUGUGUGUGAACCCCGGCAGACUAGCCAAGGGCAUCGGAGGGGGCACCUUUGCGGAGCUUUUGUACGACACGAGCCCAGACAAGACGCGCGCAUUGAUUCUCAGAAUCUGA